GGAGGUGGGAGGAGGUUCAUCGGGUUCAUGUAGUAUCGCACGCCUCCUCCCGUCGCUGCCUCGGAGAACGCGGGCGCUGCGAGGCGGGUCGGCGAUGGCGCACGACGGAAGGCUGCGGUGGAAGCGGCUGAACGCUCGGGCAUGACCUUUUCUUCGGGACGCAGAGAGCCGAUCAGCUGUUGGCUCCAGACGCGCUGCCAUUUUCGGGUCAUCCGAGGCAUCCGGCUGCAACCAACCCGUCCGCAUGAGACCCGAGCCCGCUGCAACCGUCUGACUGGGAUGGGGGGGUCCGCUUUGUCCUGAGCUGUCUGGUGGUGGAAUAUCAAUCAUGAUGGCUGAUGGGUGCUGCAGAGGGAUGGAGAGAGGCAGGGGUAAGAUUGCAUCCGAUUCGUUACCGAGACCCACUUAUCCUCAGCAGUACGUGCACGGCGGAUCGCAGCAGCAGCAGCAGCAGGGCGCCGACAUCCAGGAGCUCGCAUCCAAACGCGUGGACAUCCAGAAGAAGCGCUUCUACCUGGACGUGAAGCAGAGCGCGCGCGGCCGCUUCCUGAAGAUCGCCGAGGUGUGGAUCGGAAGAGGCCGCCACGACAACAUCAGGAAGAGCAAGCUGACGCUGUCCAUGUCCAUGGCCCCCGCUCUGCGGGACAGCCUGGGGGACUUCAUAGACCACUACGCCCGCAUCGGGCUGCGGGGGGGCCUCGCGCCCUCGGCGCCGUCUCCAAACGGCUCCGCCGUGUCCGACGAGCAUGCCCACCGCGUCCUCAAGAGCGAAUUGAUCGAGAGGGACAACAGGAAGUACUUCCUGGACCUGAAGGAGAACCAGAGGGGUCGCUUCCUCCGCAUACGGCAGACGGUCAGCAAGGGACACGGCACCAUGGGCUACUACGGCCAGGGCAUCGAGCAGACCAUCGUGCUGCCCGCGCAGGGGCUCAUCGAGUUCAGGGACGCGCUGUCGCAGCUCAUCGAAGACUACGGCGACGAGGAGAGCGACGACCAGGGCCGAACCGGAUCCCGAACCGGCUACCGGAACCACGACGACAGCCCGGAGCUUCCAGAGGCCGCGUCUUUCCGGGUGGACAACAAGAGGUUUUACUUUGACGUCGGCUCCAACCGGUAUGGUGUGUUUUUAAAAAUCAGCGAGGUGCGGCAGCCGUACAGGAACACCAUCACGGUUCCGCUGAAAGCCUGGUCCCGAUUCGGAGAGAAUUUCGUCCGGUACGAGGAGGAGAUGCGACGGAUCUUCUCGUGCCACAAAGAUAAGAGGAUGGACAGCGAGGAGCGGGACGACUGACUGCAGCAGGCUCACAUCUUGCAUGCAUUUUAGAGACACACACACACACACACACACACACACACACACGCACACACACACACACACACACACACACACACACACACACACACCCGCGACACGGUCCGUGGCCUCCCACUGUCCAUCUCCACGACCAAGAAAUAACCUGCCAAGAAGUCAUCCAUUCACAGCCCGAUGGUGCAUCCAUGGCGCUGCUAUACGCCAUAGUGUUGAUUUACUCAUGAGCUGCAUUACAAGUUCAUUAAGAACGUGGUCGCCGGCUAUUCCACUCAUAAUUCACCACAUGAUCAAUUGUAUGUUGCGCACAUGUGCAGACAACUGUCGACCACAGCUAAAAUCAUCUUAACAUACAGUGCAAUGUGAUGCAAUUACAAUGAGAACAUAUUGA